UUACGUUUUUAUGUAAAAGAAAACUGGAUUAUAUAAGAAAUUUAAAGGAGACCAGAUAAUCCCAUAAUGAAUAAACUUUCAAAAAUUAACCGAAUUGAAUGACUAAAUUGGUGACAAUUAUUACAAGAAUCAAUGGAUCGAUUAAGUAUAAUAUCUGGUGCUCUGUUUUUUACAGCUGAUGUGUUUGCAGUGGCAAGCUUGGCCAUGCCAAGGUGGAUUGUUUCAGAUAUCGGAGGUCGUACAUAUAUUGGACUGCUGAAAUCCUGUCUAGAAAUGUAUGGACAACAGCAGAGUGAAAUGUGUUUUACACCUUCACCUAUCCGAGCUGAAUGGAUACUGACAUUUAUCUGUAUAAUACUGGGUAUAAUGUGUGUCACAACAACCAUAAUACUACUAAUAAUAUCACACUGGAGAUAUCGAGUGAUGAAACAUGCAAGAUGGCUUGGAUUUGCUGCCAUGAUUCUGUUCUGUAAAGCUGCAGUGGUAUUUCCUAUAGGAUUUAAUAUGGAUCAGAUUGGCGGAGAGCCAUAUCAGUUGCCUAAUAAUUACCAAGUUGGAAUCUCAUAUAUCUUUUUUGUUCUGGCUUUAUGGAUAACUGUUGUAUCAGAACUUUUUGCCAGUAAAGUCUGCUUACCACAUUUCUAGAACUAAUGUUUCCAACAUCAUUGCAUGAAAGAAAGAAAAGCAAGCCUAUCCUUACAUGGUAGAAAAAAAUAUUAAUUGAUAAAAUUUUCAAGAUCUCCUCUUUAUAGUGUGUCAAUCAGCAGGACUGGAGAACACUUGGAAGAACUCUUGAGCAGUUGAAACUUCAGUAGUAAAAGUUUAUAGUUUACCUGUUUAAGAACAGCAAUUAAUAUCAGUACAUAUUAGCUACAUGCUGUUUCCUAUAUGUGGACAAUUCAGAUUGUCAUGUGUAAUACAAUGUUUAAUUUCUUUGUAUAUAGAUCAAGUAGAAUUGUAAUAUUGGAAUGCAUUUAAUAUAUGUACAUGUAUUCACUUGCUAUAUAGUCAAAUUUGCUACUUUAAAAGUUGAAAUUUAUGAGCAAAUAGUUUUGACUUGAUGGGAGAUGUGCAAUAUACAUCAUACAAUUAUAUUUGAUUUUGUUGUGUACAACUAGCAUUGAAGUAAUAAAAUUAUACAUAAUAAGU